AUGAAACAACCACAUAGGACACUUGAGGAGAUGUUAGAUGACGAGUCACCGUAUGCUAGAUAUGACGCAAGGAAGAACAAUUUGGUAAAAAUUGCAUCAAAGUCGUUCGUACUUGGUGGUGUAUUUACGGCUGCAUUGAUUGGCGAAUUUGCUUACCUGAGGUUGGUACCACUAUGUUUAUACCUUCAAUUCCUUUGCAUAUUCCAUAGCCUUGAAUUCGGCAUGACUUAUUUAUACAACAAUAGCCAGACUGACGAUGACUCAUUCAUUUUAGAGGAUAGAGAGUUUCACAUGAUUACUGUGAUUUCAAUUAUAGAAUACUCUUUUUCCCCAUUUCAUCUACUGAUUCAACCAAUUGGAAUGUUGUUGGCUCUAGUUGGACAGUUAAUUAGAACCCUCAGUAUGGGUACCGCACAGGAGUCAUUUAACCAUUAUAUACAAAAGUCAGGGAAGGAAACACAUACUCUUGUCACCAAAGGGGUGUACAAAUACAUCCGUCAUCCCAGUUACUUUGGUUUUUUCGUCUGGUUUAUCGGACUCGAGCUACUACUAGGAAACACUUUAGUCCUAUCUGUUGGGGCUGUUAUACUAUGGAAAUUCUUCCGUGAUAGAAUUGCCUAUGAGGAGGAUUAUCUCAUCAGGUUUUUCGGCGCAGACUAUAUCAAAUACAGAGCAAACACCAAAACUUGGUUGUAUAUAUAA